GCCUGGGGUGCAGGCAAACAGUGGAAGCUCAAGGAAGAGGGGAGAGCAAGCAGGACCGCAGCCGAAAUGGCCAACAAACUUGUGGAUCUGGUGUACUGGAGGAACGUGAGGAGGACUGCCAUCGUGUUCACGGGGCUGGUGAUCGGUCUGGCCAGCGUGUUCCAGCUCAGUGCCAUCACCGUGCUCUCCCACAUCUGUCUGGGCGCCAUGUGCGUCACCUUUCCCCUCCGCCUCUACUAUAAACUGCUGGAGCUGCUGCGCUGGAACCCCGGGGUCCACCCCUUCCAGUCGUAUCUGGACAAUGACAGCUCCCUGACAGAUAAGGAGACGGUGAUGCUGGUGGAAGAGGCGGUGCUGCUGAUCGCAUUCGCUGUGACAGAAAUCAAACGCUUGAUUUUCAUCGACAGCAUCAUCGACUCUAUCAAGUUUGUUGUGCUCCUGUAUCUGCUGACCUAUAUCGGUGUCUUGACCAACGGACUGACUCUGAUCAUAACUGCUGUGAUCGCCAUUUUCUCCAUUCCUCUUUUGUACAAAAAGCAGCAGGUGCGGAUAAGGAGAAUGGUUAGAGCUGUUAAAGCUUUUGUAAAGAAAAUGAAAAACAUGUGCCUGAGUCUGUACGGUUCCCUGAGACCCUCUCCUGCUCCCGAACCUGCCGCAAAGCCUGCACCUGCAGCUGCCGCCAAACAGAAGGCCAAGUCCAAGUAACAUGCUGGUCACAUGUCGAAAGCACCCACGGUGCUUUUUGGGGGGGAUUUGGAAAAUGUUGGAUUGGUUCAUCCUCGGUGGUGGUCGCCGGAGGGGCACCUCGUUUCCAUUUCUCCACCACGAUGUUUGUUUAUGGGAGCACGAUUUAAUCGAUCCUGACAGCUGAAACAAAGCUGCCAUUCACUCAAGGACGGGCAGCGAAAGUGCACGGAGAGAAGAAUUUAUUUAGUGAAAUGCUUUUCUGUGGGCAGCGUUUCAUAGAGCCAGUUCACACAGUCAUGUACUCGAAGCGGGGACAGCACAGAAUAUCACUGUUUUGUUUUGUUUUUUUUGCUCCUUUGACAACAGCUCUAUUUUUACACAACUAGUGAGCACGGUGUUCCUGUUGAGCCGCGGAAUUAUUCAUAACGAAGGAGGGGAGCAUCAUUGCUGCUUUCAUUAUUUUUGCAUAAUUCAUUUUUUAGCUGGAUGGAAUAAAACCUGACAUGAACAUCACCUGCAGUUAAUUAACAUGAAUGUUUUUUGUGCUUGCUUCGUCACCUGAGUUACUUCAGGUAUUAGAAAAAGCUUUUCUCAGCAGCGACAUCUUACAACAUUUAUGAGACGAGAAAUAAUGAGAGUGUCGUCCUCUGCUCUUCAUUCUAAUUGUUUUUAAUCAGGUACAAGCGGUGACUUCGCGCUGCUCUUGGGGCGGCGCAGUGAUUAGAGGAACAAAAUGAAGCAACCAAACAACUCGUAAUAAGUUGAGAGCAGCCUCAGACGUCCUGCAGCAGCUCCGACUGAAUUUUGAUGGAUGAGCGGCACUAAAAAUGCCAAGUACAAGUAUUAGCAGCAUUAGCAUUCAUUUGGCGUCGUGCUCCUGCUCAUCUGAUGAUUUCUGAUGAUAUUCACUCCUUUAUUUUUCAAGAGAGUGAACCAAAACAGGACAAUUGUGGGCCUGAAAACCAAAACUAUGAGCUGAAAGAUGCUGAAAUGCACCACAGAGCUGAGAGGAACUGCGGAUUUUGGAUUCAUUGCUAUGAAAAUAUAGAUUAUUGCUGCUUUAAGCUUUGCCAGAAUGUAUUUGUCUCAUGUUGGCCUACAUUUGCUUUCACCUUUGGUUUGUGUCUUAUAUCUAACAUAACUAACUACAUAAGAAUAAUAUUUUUUUUUAUGAGAACAAAACACCUCCAACCUGCUUCAGUUGCAUAACUGUGUGAACAAGCCGCUCCAUAUCAAGCCUGCAGAGGACAAUUCAGUAGAUAAAACUACAAUCUUCAAAAUGUUAUACAAUUCAGGGACAUUUUGAAUGAGCAAAAACAACCAAAUUACUUAAAAAGAAGGAUUGAGACAGAAAAUUUGGUCAAUUAAUGAAGUGGCAUCACAACAGGCUGCUGACAGCUUGUGGGGAGAGAAGGGCUUGAGGGGCAGUUUGACAAGGAGGUUGAGGUCGCUGCUAAAUACAAAAAUAUCCAUCUUAGGAAGCCAUUAUAAUCCCUAGUUGGACUAUUUUCUCAGAAAUGGCACCGUCCUUGAGGUAGAAUAAUGAAGUUCACAUCCAGAAAAUGACAUUUGACUCUUCUAUUCACUUCAUACAAUAAUUUCACACAUUCAGCGAGGGCUUCCGACGGCUGCUGACUCUGAACUCCACGCCAACAUUUUCCAAAUCCACCAAACUUCUCAAGAACGUGGUCAUUGUUUUGUUUCUGAAAGUGACCAAGACAUCACCAUAAAAUUACAAUGAAACUUUUCUCAUCAUUUAAAUUCUCAGUACUUUGAACCAAACACGCUGCAGAACGCUGCUGGUGCUGCGUGAGAUAACCUGGACUCAAUUUAUGAUGAACCGUUGCCUUUUUUUUUUUUUUUUUUUUUUUACUCCACAAACAGUCCGGACACUUCAGUCGUGACCUGACAUGGGUAGUUGCACUUGUUAAACUUGAUGUGCGACAUUUCAAACUUGGCCUGACGAGCCCAAACCUGAAAGACUGAACGACCAACAUAAAUAGAUGAGGGCUGGGGUGUGUACCAACACUGGCUUGUCAAAAAUGUCUCAGUGCUUAAACUGACAUGUGGUGGGGAGGGGGGGGGUGUUGAUAAUGCUAAAGUUUCAGCUCUUGGUGAACUAUUCCUUUAAUAUCCUGAUAACUGUAUGGUUUUAGCUGCCAGACCUGAGCCAGUCAUCUGUUAACAGUAACUCAGCCUGUGAGCCACUGUUCGCAUGUCAGAUUGAUGUAGGUGACCACGUGGCGCCCUCUAGUGGUCGCUGUUUGAGAACUUAAACGCAGCAGCAUUCAUACUAACAUGUCUUAAUAAACUGAAGUUAUUAACUGUCAUUUCACAUGAUCAUCCUUCAGACCCCUGCUGAGGGGAACGGUACACCUCAGGAUAAGAAAACUAAUAAUCUCACUUAGUUUGGAGUGGUGUUCAUCUGCAGAUAGUUCUGGUUUGGUAGACAGUGGUCCUUACAAAGACAGCAGGGUCUGUAGAACAUACACAAUUAAUCGUUUUCUUUGUAUUUUUUUUAAGUGCAGAGAUAAUUCGAAGCAACAAAAACACACUUGAGCUGAGGUGAUGUCUCAAAACUUGGACACAUUAAACCUGACCUAUCUGAAUUUGCUACCAGUGCAAGUAAGUGAGAAAAUGUGGGGUUAUUUUUGUGGUGAUUUGGACGAAUCGACCCUUUAAAGAUGCAGCCAUGCAACAGGUUGCCAUAGUAACACCUGUCUCAGUAUAACACACAUGUUACUGUUAAUGUGAAAAAUGGCAUUUUUGUGAUCUAUUGUGAUGAUUUUUAUUUUCUUCAGGUGUGUGUCACAAAAUAAAAAAAAGUGCUGUCGUCGCCGUCAUCCCUAGAAAAAUGCUUAAAGUGAAGCGUGACAUUGUUUCGCUGUUGUGGUCGUCACUUUUAUUCUUUGUCUUAGACUUGUUUCUACAGGUAUUUAUGACUUUUUUUUAUUGUUGUUUCCUAUUGUUUUGUUGCUCCCCAAUUAAAAGUCAUUUACUAAAAAUAGAGGCGAGUUUGCUUGUCACUCUUUUUGCAAUAGAAAAAAGCAUGUGUCACUUUUUAUAACAUCAACAGAGGCUCUCUUCGAUUCAAGCGUCCCUGUAAGUCAGUGUGAGACUGAAGCAGCUAAAUGGAAUUCAGCCGUCAUUACUUUGAUGUUCCGCAAAGCUCCUCCAACCCAAAGUCUGAACACGUUCCCGUGUUUUCAGUCAAACACAGUGAAGUCCUCCUGGGUGAUCAACUGUUUAUACUUUCUCUCAUGUCACCACCAGGAGUUGCACCGACCAUGUUUGACCACUAGGUGUCGCUCUUG